UCUCCGCCUCCCUCCAUCCGCUCGGUUCAGUUUCCCGCCGUCUCCCUCGCGCCACUCUACCACGAAAACAAACCGCUUAAUGCGAACCUAGGGUACUUCUGCUCCGCCCCAAAUCGCGGCAAUCCCUCCCACUCCCCUCCUCGUGCCGUCAUACAGUUCUUGAAUCGCAUGGCGACCAGCGAAGAAUUCGCCCAGAUUGACAUCUCCACGGAGGAGAAGGACAAGCUUGUGGCCGAGGUGAUGCGCUACGCGCUCUUCAAGACGCACCAGAACUCCGGCUGCCCCAUCAAGCGGGAGGAGCUCACCCAAAUCAUCACCAAUUACUACCGCCAGCGAGCGCUCCCUGCGCUCGUCAUCAAGGAAGCUGGGGACAGGCUUGCGGCGACCUUCGGCUAUGAGAUGAGGGAGCUCCAGAGGACCCGCGCCACGUCCACCCGCUCCGGACGCCCCUCCUCCCAGCAGCCCAGUAAUCAGGAUGCAAAGAGCUACGUCCUGGUAAGUAAGCUGGACCCUGAGGUGUACAGCAAGUAUGUUGAGGAUAAGGAGCGUGCCCAUGUGUCUGGGUUUGCUUUUGUUGUCAUAAGCAUUGUUCAUGUCGCUGGUGGCAAGAUCUCUGAAGAGGACCUUUGGCGUCAGCUGAAACGUUUGGGCUUAAAUGAAACUGAUGAGAACCACCCUGUUCUCGGCAACAAUAAGCAGGCGCUUGAACUACUAGUGCAACAAAGGUACUUGCUGAAGGAGAAGAUUGCUGGUCCAGAAGGCCAUUCCAUGGUUUAUGAGCUUGCAGAGAGGGCAUUGGAUGAAUCCAUCAGCUCGAAGCUUAAAGAAUACAUUUCACAGGUUGUGGGUGUCAGUACAGCUACAGCAGAAUGAAGUGCAUAUGAUGCAGCAACCAUCAGGCUUUUGCUGUCCAGUCUAAACUCACCAGUACAACGACGAACUUGAGUUAGGGUGGAAAGCCAUUGUAGAGACUUGGUGGAGGCUUCGUCUGAGGGCUGUAUAGGAGAGGAGGUAGUCUGCGUGUGCGCGCGCCCUCUCAACUAGUUAGAUCGAGACGCCUAAGACGUGACUCUGGAUUUGAAAAAGGAAAAAGAAAGACAUGACCUUUUGUUGCGGGAACCUAGUGUUGUGGUGGCCGUUCAGCUUGUAUGCACUUCGUUAACCGGAGCUGCAUAAGUCUUUAUGCAUUCUACGCGGCUUUGCUCGUUCAGGUUUGCUCGCCUGAGCUUCAGGAAACGAUACAAGUGAUGCGUUGUC